AUGCAAUUCACACUCGCUCUCGCUACAAUCGUCGCAGCUGCUGCCUCAGUCACUGCUGCUCCACUCAAGAGAUCCGGCACUGCCACCUUCUACUACACUGCAACCGGCAACCGUGGAAGCUGUGGGAGCUACCUCAACGACAGCGACUCAAUUGUCGCUGUCUCCCAAGCAGACAUGAACCAAGGUCUUUGUGGCCAGCAAGUCACCAUCCAGAACUUGAACAAUGGCCAAACUGCCACCGCAACCGUACAGGACACUUGCCCAGGCUGUGGUUCAGGCGGCUUGGACCUCUCUCCAUCUGUCUUCAACCAGCUUGGUAACGCUGCUCAAGGCACCCUUCCAAUCACCUACUGGUACAACUAA